AAUGAUCCGUUAAACUGUUUUGGGUCUACCGAUCAAAACCCUAGACUGAUUGUUUGUUCAUCUCUUCCCCCACCGUAUUUAAUGGCUAACUCUGCUCUUGAACCACACUUGGACGACAGUAGAACUCUGAGAUAGGAAACUUGUGUACAAAAUGAUUUCAGCUAUUUCUUGGGUCCCUAAAGGAGUUUCAAAGUCUGCUCCAGCUGUGGCAGAACCACCUUCAAAAGAGGAAAUUGAAGAGACACUGAAAAGUGGUGCUUUAGAGAGAAGUGGAGAUAGUGAGAAUGAGGAGGAAGAAGAUAUGAACGUUGAUGCUUCCAAGCAGAACAAUGAAGUUGCACGUGCAUUAGCUGCAGCAGAUGCACUUGGCAGGACAUCUAAAAACACAAAUUCUGGGACGAGCUUUGAAGAUAUAACUGAUGGCUUAAAAGAGCUUGACAUGGACCAUUAUGAUGAAGAAGAUGAUGGCAUUGAGCUGUUUAGUACUGGCCUUGGCGACAUCUUUUAUCCAAGUAAUGACAUGGAUCCAUAUCUAAAGGACAAGGAUGAUGAUGAUGAUGAUGAUGAGGAAAUUGAGGAUAUGGCCAUAAAAUCAUCAGAUGCAGUUAUAGUUUGUGCACGUAAUGAGGAUGAUGUCAGUCAUCUUGAGGUGUGGAUAUUUGAAGACUUAGAUGAUGGUGAUUCAAACAUGUAUGUGCAUCAUGAUGUCAUCCUUCCAGCAUUUCCCCUUUGCACAGCAUGGCUCGACUGUCCUCUUAAAGGUGGAGAUAAAGGGAACUUCAUAGCUGUGGGCUCAAUGGAACCUGCCAUUGAAAUAUGGGACCUAGACCUUAUUGAUGAAGUCCAACCUGUUGUGGUAUUGGGGGGCAUUGCCAAGAGCAAAAAAGGAAAGAAGGCAUCGGUCAAAUACAAAAAGGACAGCCACACUGAUUCUGUACUUGGGCUUGCAUGGAACAAGGAGUUCAGGAAUGUCCUUGCAAGCGCAAGUGCUGACAAGUCUGUCAAGAUUUGGGAUGUAGCAGCAGGAAAAUGUGACAUCACAAUGGAACACCAUACAGACAAGGUUCAAGCAGUUGCGUGGAAUCAUCACGUGCCACAAGUUCUUCUCAGUGGAUCAUUUGAUCACUCAGUUGUUCUGAAAGAUGGGAGGCAACCUUCACAUACGGGAUUUAAGUGGUUGGUUACAGCUGAUGUAGAAAGCUUGGCAUGGGACCCACACACUGAGCACUCAUUUCUGGUCAGUCUUGAAGAUGGUACAGUUCAAGGUUUUGAUAUCCGGGCUGCAACAUCAGACACAGCUUCUGGAUCCAAACCAAGUUUUACUCUGCAUGCACAUGACAAGGCUGUUUGUUCACUCUCUUAUAAUCCCUGCAUACCUAAUCUGCUUGCAACAGGGUCUACAGAUAAAAUGGUGAAACUUUGGGAUCUUUCAAAUAACCAACCUUCAUGUGUUGCAUCCAGGAAUCCCAAAGCUGGAGCCAUCUUUUCCAUUUCCUUCUCGGAGGACAGCCCAUUUUUACUGGCUAUAGGAGGCUCCAAGGGAAGAUUGGAAGUUUGGGACACCUUAACUGAUGCUGGCGUGGCACGUCGAUUUGGGAACUACAGCAAGAAGAAGGUGGAACCCAUGACAGAGUCUUGAAAACCAGAGAGGAAUGUAUUCACUGCAUGUUGGCAGCAAGAGCCGUUAUAGGUAAGCAUGUUCUAAACAAGAGUAUCGGAAGGAAUCAGUACUGGAGCGAACCGCCAAUAAUUAUGCAGAUCAUAUGCGGGUGGGCCAUUGGGUCCUUUGUCAUCUGUGAAAUAUAAUGGGGGGGGGGUGAAGGACUGUUGAGGGCCAUUUUUAUAACAUGAUACCUUAAAAUUACCAAGAAAGUUGGAAGAAAAAGGCGAAGGGAUGCUUCAUUGUACUUGCUCAAUUUUGUUUUAUCAUUUUUUCAGCUUUAUAUAUAUUUGUUAUUGGUGUCGCAUAGGCACGCAGUAACCUAUCGAUUUUCACGUGGUCCGGUGGUCGCUUGAUGUUCAUUAUUAACCUUGUCUUUCAAUUCUUGAAUCACAGUGCAUGUCAAGAUACGGGUUGCUUGUUUACCCCUUUUUUAAUUUAAAUUUUCUGUAUUCUUA